AUGUCGUUCUUCAAAGAAGUCGUCGAAGGCUUCACGCACCAGGGCCAAGGCCAGUCUCAAGGCCAGGGCCAGGGCUACCCACCUCAGCAGGGCGGCUACGGCCAGCAGUCCAACAACGGACCUCCUUCUGUUCAGCCACCCUGGAUUGCUGAGUGGGAUGGACAGGAUAAUCGCUGGAUCUACGUCAACCGCGAAACCAAUCAGCGCACCUUCGACCACCCGCAGCAGGGGUACGGCGGCGGCCAGCAGUAUGGCGGCGGCCAGCAGUAUGGCGGCGGCCAGCAGUAUGGCGGUGGCCAGCAGUAUGGCGGUGGCCAGCAGUAUGGUGGAGGCUAUGAUCAAGGUCAACGCGGCCAAUACGAGCAGCAGCCGCAGAAACCUGACCAUUCCGGCCGCAAUAUGGCACUUGCAGGUGUUGCUGGCCUUGCGGGUGGAGCAUUGCUGAUGCACGAGGGGGAGAACCGCCUGGACUACGAUGUCGAUAACGCAGGCAACUACGUGGAGAACAAGUUCGACAACGGCGUCCAGGAUGUCGAGUACGCCCCUGAGGAGCUCGCGGGCUGGGCUGGACGUAAGACGCAGGAGGUUGAGGAUAUUCCUCAGGAUAUCGAACAGAAGUGGGACAACGGCGUCCAGGAUGUCGAGGACGUUCCGGACGAUAUUGCUGGGUGGGUUGGACGUGAGGAUGGGAGGGUUGAGAGGUUCGAUGAUAAUGUCGAUAAUGCUUUUGAUCAGGGGAGGAAUGAGGAGAGGUACGACGACAACUAUUGA